UUUCUGCCCUGGAAAAAGGUCUUUUAUCACAAAAGUUAUUGCUUGUGGUAACAAGCCGGUGUGUCUGGAUGCUAAUAACUGUAGCCGCUUCACUUUGCAGGGGUCAAAUGCCAGUAUUUUGGUCCAUUCUAGGUGUGGAGACACAACAGACUGCAGAUGCAACACAGUUUGCUGGGGGAAACCGAAUUGUUGAUUGUUUGGGUCAAAACCUUGCAUCAGGAGCUUGGCCUGACUUUAGGAUUGUUGUCCUGAUGCAGGAUUUCAACUGAAAAUGUCAACAGUUCCUCCCCCCACCCCCAGAAUUUGCUCAACCCACUUAGUUCCUCCCCUAGGUUCUUUGUUGCUCUAUGUGCUUGGCCUGGCCUGGCCUGGUUGAGGAUUUUGCCGUGUAUAGAGAGGCAACCCCAGCAACAGGGCCUGAUCUGUAUACAUCUGAAGUUACUUCAGAGAACGUGAGGCUCUGGUCUUGAGGUCCCACUGCUGUCCUGGGGCAGAGCUUGCUCUGAGGUGCCAUCUUUUAGAGAAGUUACUACACAUCUUAAGUAGAUAACUACUUAUACACAGCUUCCUUAAGGAUUUAAUGCUGAGGCUUUAUAAGGCACUGAUUAGGCCUCAGUUGGAGUAUUGUGAGCAGCUUUGGGCCCCAUAUCUAAGAAAGGAUGAGCUGAUAUUGGAGAGGAUUAUGAUUCUGGGAAUGAAAGGGUUAACGUACGAAGAGUGUUUGAUGGCCCUGUUCCUGUACCUGCUGGAGUUUUGAAGAAUGAGGUGGGGGACGGAUCUCAUUGAAAGGCCUAGAUAGAAUGGAUGUGAAGAGGAUGUUUCCUAUAGUGGGAGAGUCGAGUACCAGAGGGUACAACCUCAGAAUUGAGGGACGUCCCUUUAGAACAAAGAUGAGGAGGAAUUUCUUUAGCCAGAGGGUGGAGAAUCUGUGAAAUUAAUUGCCACAGGCAGCUGUGGAGGCCAAGUCCGUGGGUAGAUUUAAUGCAGAGGUUGAUAGGUUCUUGAUUAGUCAGGGUGUCAAAGGUUACAAAGAGAAUGCAGGAGUAUAGGGUUGAGAGGGAUAAUAAAUUAGCCAUGAUAGAAUGGUGGACCAGGCUUGCUGGGCCAUAUGGCCUAAUUCUGCUCCUAUAUCUUAUGGUCUUAACAUUGUGAAAGGUCUACAGGCAUACACAGGAGCAUUAUCACAGAAGCAUUCUUUGGCAUAAGGCCUAGAUAGAGUAGACAUGGAGAGGGUGUUUCCUAUAGUGGGAGAGUACAGGAGCAGGCAUGAAAUUUGUUGUUUUGUGGAAGCGGUACAGUGCAAAACAUAAAAUAUACUCUAAAUUAUUAUAUAUAUAUAUUGUAAACCUAGUGGAGUAUGGUUCAUUGUCUAUUCAGAAAUCUGAUGGUGGAGGGGAAGAAGUUGUUCCUAAACCAAUGUGUGUGUGUCUUCUGGUUCCUGUCCCUCCUUGAUGGUAGCAAGGAGAAGAGGCCAUGUCCAGGAUGGUGAGUGGCCUAAAUGAUGGAUGCUGCCUCUCUGAGGCAUUGUGUUUUGAAGACGUCCUUGAUGCUGGGGAGGCUAGUGCCAAUGAUACAGCUCUUAAAAGAUUGAUCUUAGAGUAGGUUAAAAGAUGAGUACAAUGUCGUGGACAGAAGGCCCUGUACUGUGCUGUGCUAUCUCUGUUUUACAUUUCUACACUCAAUGUGGAAUUGCACCACCAUAUUGUAAUUCUCAUUCUCCCCAAUUCUGCUGUUCCACUACAUCUUAUGCUAACUUAUGACUUAAAUACUUGGGUUUGUUUCUGUGUUCCAAGUAAAUUUCUUCUUCCCUCUGACAAUUCUGAACAAUAAUCCUUCUCUCUUUGUAUUUUGUGGCUGCUGAUCUCUCUGGCUACAGAUCCAUUACUCGCUGGUGGUUAUACUCCCCAGAGUCCUGACUUCUACACUGGAAGCUCAGCUUGUCAAAGCUAUGGAUCCUUUGAGAAUGGCUCCGUUCUUGGGUCAGAGGCUGUUACAGACAGCAUGGAGUCUGAUUCCACCUGUGGAUAUAUGGAGAAACCAUUGGACAAUGUGAUCCGACCUCGCCUCGAUUCUCUCAGCUCCAUUGAAGAAGACGAGUAUGACACACUGGCAGACAUUGAUUCUGAUAAAAACGUUAUCAGAACCAAGAAGUUUCUCUACGUCUCUGACCUUGCAAGGAAGGACAAGCGAGUUCUCAGCAAAAAAUACAAGAUCUACUUCUGGAAUAUUGCAACUAUCGCAGUUUUCUAUGCCCUGCCGGUGAUUCAGCUGGUUAUCACAUAUCAGACGGUUUUCAAUAUCACAGGGAACCAGGAUAUCUGUUACUACAACUUCCUGUGUGCUCAUCCCCUGGGAGUGCUGAGUGCAUUUAACAACAUCCUGAGUAACCUUGGAUACCUGAUGCUGGGACUGCUUUUCCUGCUGAUUGUCCUGCAACGUGAGAUUCUGCACAAACGAGCCCUGAUGCGGAAUGACGUCUAUGCUCUGGAGUGCGGAAUUCCGAAGCACUUUGGAUUAUUUUACGCAAUGGGAACUGCACUCAUGAUGGAAGGUCUCCUCAGUGCCUGUUACCAUGUGUGCCCGAACUACACCAAUUUCCAGUUUGACACGUCGUUCAUGUACAUGAUAGCUGGCCUCUGUAUGCUGAAACUCUACCAGAAGCGCCACCCAGACAUUAAUGCCAGUGCCUACUCUGCCUACGCCAGCCUUGCCUUGGUCAUAUUCAUCUCCGUAUUGGGAGUGGUCUUUGGAAAGGAUUACAUUGUAUUCUGGGCUGUUUUCUCCUUUAUUCACAUCCUUUCAACACUUCUGCUCAGUAUCCAGCUCUAUUACGUGGGCCGCUGGAAACUGGAUGCAGGAAUAUUCAGAAGGAUAAUUCAUGUAAUUUAUACUGACCAUGUCAGACAGUGCAGUGGUCCUGCCUACAUAGAUCGAAUGGUGUUGCUGAUCAUGGGGAACAUUGUGAAUUGGUCAUUAGCUGCGUAUGGGCUUAUUCUGAGACCCAAAGAUUUUGCCUCUUAUCUGCUGGCAAUUGGGAUCUGCAACUUGCUGCUGUAUUUUGCUUUUUACAUCAUCAUGAAGUUGAGGAGUGGUGAGCAGAUCAGACCGAUUCCACUGAUCUGCAUUAUCUGCACGGCUGUGGUCUGGGGUUUUGCUCUCUUUUUCUUCUUUCAAGGUCUCAGCACGUGGCAGAAAACUCCUGCCGAGUCCAGAGAGCACAACAGAGAAUGCAUCCUGCUCCAGUUCUUUGAUGAUCACGACAUUUGGCACUUCCUAUCCUCCAUCGCGCUGUUUGGCUCGUUCCUUAUCUUGCUGACCCUGGAUGAAGACCUGGAUGAUGUACCAAGAGACAAGAUCUACGUGUUCUAAUCCCUGUUCAGCUAAUGGACGGUAACAGACACUGUACUGCAGACUCUCUGCCUCCAUCCUCUUUGGCUCACUCCUUUUGAGCCAAAAGAAGAGAAACAGAACUCACAGGGCAGUUGCAAGCAAGCCCGACGCAGUGGAAGCAGUUGCGACCCAUAUGCCCAAGAGCUGCCUUGUUUUUGCGUUUCAAGCAACGAGUUUUUGUUGUUGAUCCUGGUCACUUUGCAUGGACCUUCAGCUCAAGACAGACAGAUGUCGGCUUCUCCAGUGUUGAUUGGUGCCCAGUCUUUUAAGACUCAACAUCAUUGUCAUCCGGUUUUACAAUUUUACUUUCAAUAGAUGACUAGAGUUUGAAGAAUUCGAUUUUUAUGCAGAAAUUUUGGAAUAAAUUCAGGCUGUGGCAGAAAAUGUGGAAACAAUAUUUUUCAAUGGCAACAUAUUUAUCACCAAUUUUUUCACUAUUUGAGUCCUAACCAAAGCUCUAUAGCCAUCAGGAGAGGAAGAUAACAGAAAACAACAUGCGUGGUUUUAAAAGUAAACUAGCCUUUUUGUGUUCUGUCACAGCCUUGCUAAUGGAAAGCUACAAAUAAUAUGUUUGUAUAUUCAUAUAUUGGUCUAGGUGGUGGCUUAAUAUUGUAUCCUACCUGUUGGAGGUCAUGAAGCAAGUGUAACACAAAGAUUCAUUGUAGUCUAUUUGUCUUUGAGUUCCUGGUGACCAAUCUGUGGGGCACAGUUGGCUUUAGAAGUUUUGUCAAAACCCAAGGCCAGUGCAUUGGUUUAGCCUCAGUGUAGACACUAGAGAAAGUAAAAUUAGACAAUUUGCAGAGAUGAAGUGAUCAUAGGAAAAGUUAGUCUCAAUACAGAAUCUAGCACAAAACUGGCACUAAUUAUUGUACCUUGUCAAAGGGGAUAAUGAAAUAAUGAUUAACUUGGUGCUUUGCUAUGCUGAUGGUUUAGAAUUGGAGUUGUGCACUGUACGGGGAACUCUGUAUUCAAUUAGCACAUAUUGCAAGCACAUGCACAAAUUAUAUUUGAUACCUGCCCAAUGUGCAAAUAGAUGAGCCCUAAAAAUUGAUCCCUGGUUGCUCAUUUUACAGAACUGAAUUUCAAGGGCAUAGUGCAAAAUGCUGUUUUGCCGCACGUUGGUAACCGUGUUACAAAUUGGGAUUGAAUUUCUAAGCAAUUUUACUUUUGCUAGGCAUAAUGUGGAAAUUAUCUCUCCCUCACCUUUAUGUUAUGCUGUGAAGAAAUGUCCCCAAAGGAGAGUUUAUGUGUUACUCUUUUCCCAAAGGAUCAGUUUUAAACUCUAUUUUACAUUGUAAGCUCUGUUAUGGAUUGUAUCAGGGUUAAAUUUUGCCUACAGCUGAUGUGCUCAGUUAGUGUUAAUCUAUGCCUUGUCAUUGUGGUCCCUUUAACGUCCUCAGGUUAAUUUUUGCUGAGUUUCCAAAAACCUAUCUGGGAGAUGGCCACAUGGGUCAAUGUGAUAUCACAUAGUGGGCAUUUCCAGUGUAUUGCAUCUGUUGGACCCUCAACACUUGAUGUCUGUGCACCUACUCACAAAGGCUUGUAGCUGUUUGGCAUUCAUGGCUAUACAGUAAUGGUGUGCCUGAUAAUUUCAAGGGUGCAGUUCUAAUCCACAGGGAUCACUUCAAAUUGAGACACUGAUGACAGUAUCCUUUUUGAGGACCUCACCGGUUGAAAAUGUGGCAAGUCUCCAUAAUGAUUGAUGUGUAAAUUUUCAUUUUAAUAUUUUUCAUUUUAAUUGUUCUUUGUGGGUGAGGUGACAGAAUCUUUGCAUGAAUUCCCCCCCCCCCACUACCGUCAAGAUAUACAAAGUACAGUAUGUAAUUUACAAGGUUUAUCAAAUCCCAUUUUCUGCAAUAGGACCUCUUACAGAAACAUACUAGCUCUCAUUAUAGCACAAUCCCCAUACUUGUUAUGCACAAAAGAUGUUUGAAUAGAAUGCUAACUCUUUACAAAGUUCCAGUGCUGUUUAUCAGUGCUGUUUAAUCCUCUAUUAAUUGGAUAGCCAGAAUGCACCUUUUUAAAAAGCAGUAAUCACCAUUUGUUGAUAUAAACUAUAUAAAGUCCACAUCCUAUGGUUGGGGUUAGAAUUAUAAUGUGCCUAAAUUUCUAGCAGUAAACUCUGAUCUUAGCUGGCUCAGGAAAUUGUAUUAUAUUUUAAGAAAAAAAUAGUUAAUUAAACAGCAAACUUUUGUUUUGAUACUUUAUAGUUACAAACACUGGUAGUGAGUUAAUUUCAUUGGUAUUGUAUGUGAAGAGUUUGUUGGGCACUGGAAGAGGGUGAAGCCGUGGGUCAUAAGGUGCUUCGUAGCAAGGCCCAAUUUCUGGAAAUGUUGGCUGCUACUACUAGGUAGGACUGUUGAACCUUUGGGUAUAUGGUCAUUGGUCUGUUUCUGAUUUUCAUCUGGAUAAGUGGGCCUCACUGCCUUUCUCCUGUGGGGUAGGGGGUAAAUUGAAUAUCUCUGUUAAAAUUAUUAAAAGUGAGAAGGGGCAAAGUCAGAAACCAUUGAUCAGACCACAUGAGAUCAGAAAAAAAUCUCUUGUACCCAGAAGUGCGGAGAUGUGAAACUUGUUUCUACAGCAAGGGAGAGGAGGAUACAGGAUUGUACUGAUUUAGCUUGAAACAAGGUUCAGGUAAUCACUGGGCUGCUCACACAGAUUUCUCUCUGCAGAGUUAUAUAUAUGAUGUAAUUCUGUAGAGAUGUACCAACCUUGCUGCUCUCAGUUGUUAGUCAACUGCUUGGGAAUAAAUUGUGCUAGCUCAUUUUAAAAUUUCACUGGCCAAAUCCCACCCAAUACCAUCUGCAAUAUUGGGCUAUAAAAUGGCAAACUGUAGAGAAAUGCUGAAACAGUAGAACUCCACCUCAGGCUGGCCUUAGUUCAUGGUUUCCACACCCCACGGCGAUGCAGGCUGCACAGGCAGAUUGGGAAACUCUAGCUCCCUGUGAAACUGUGACAUUUUAGUUUCUCACCACAUCUGGCAAAAACUCUGGCUAAUGGUAAUCCUUUAGAGAAUCAGAAUAUGUCCACGAGCCAGAGGGUGGAGAUGAACUGAUAGUUAUCGUUGUAUCAAUGUUGGUACUGUAACUUAGACCCACUGAGACUGGAACAUUGCCUACAAACAUUAUCUUCCAGAGAUUGCCAAGGGAUGAGGAUUAUCCCACUUAAUGUACGAUGCACAAAACUACAGAAUAAUGUAUAAUGGUUUUAGCUGUGUUUUAGUCCAAUAACUCUGGGAAUGUGACAUUGCCAUUUAAUGCUACCCUUCUUUAGACAGGAAGGACAGGAAUUAUAAUGCCCCUAUUCAAAAUUAAAGAAGCAAUCUUUUAUGAAAUAUAUUAAACAUUUUCUUAAAGAAACAAAUCUAAAUAAUUUCCAAAUUACUAAAAAUAUUACAGAAAAUACAAAUGAUAACUUAAUUAUAUAACACUGAGUUCAAAUCCAAGUGAGGGAAAAAUGGCUAAGGAUCAGACCACUUCAGCAAAGAUUAAAUAGUGUUGUGAACAGCAAUUUUAGAUUCUGCUCAUUUCCAAGCAAUUCAGUUGUUCAGCCAUGUGGUGAAUUUAUAGCAACCCACACAAAAUGCUGGUGGAACGCAGCAGGCUAGGCAGCAUCUAUAGGAAGAAGUACAGUCGACAGACAGUAGUCCUGACGAAGGUUCCCAGCCCAAAACGUCCACUGUACUACUUUCUAUAGAUGCUGCCUGGCCUGCUGCGUUCCACCAGCAUUUUGUGUGUGCUGCUUGUAUUUCCAGCAUCUGCAGAUUUCCUCGUGUUUGGUGAAUUUAUAGAUUGUUGCUAUUGGUGUGGCUCAUCAGCAAUGGGGGCAUUAAACUAUCAUUAGGGUGAUGGGCAUUCCAUACUGUACUAUACUGUUUAAUUCCAAGAUAUUGGCAGACAGAUUUCUCAAAGUGGAGGUGUUUAAAACACUUUCAAUUAAUGAUAUGAAACCCUGAAUCAGGCUAGUUUAAAAAUUACAGAUGCAUCUCAGCCACCCAGAGGUAGUUCAGACUGUGUUAACUGUAAUCAAGUUUGUGCAUAACUGUCUUCAAUCUUCCAGGCCUGGCGAAGGCUAAAGGUUGAGGGGUUCAUUUUGUUAAUAAAAACCUCAAAGAAUGAUCUGGCCUUUGUUGAGAAGUGGCUCAGAUUUUCAACUUUUUACAAAAUAUUUGUCCAAUUCAUUUACUGUUAACUUUACAACUUGCUGUGCGGCAUUGUUACAGUAAAGCAUAUGAUGUCAUAGAAAAUUGUUACAAUAAAUCUUAAAGCCUAUUUCAUGUUUUAGAGCCUUGUGUUUUAUUUUUCCUAUUAGAUCCAUGGCAGCAACAUUCAUUUCAGAGUCUUGGCAGCUGAUCCUUGUUUGACCCAGUGAACCUGGAUCAUGUUUAUUUAUGAAACACCGUUUUACUGGGCAUCUCUGGAAAUGCAGCUUAUUAGACCCCCACUAACAGCCCCUGGACACUGCAGCGAGAAACCCACCUUUCUCAGGCUCUGUACAUUGAGGGUGUAUACGACCUUGGUCCCACCAAACCCUAGACUGUGUGAAUGCAAUAGGACUUACUGUCUCCUGCCCCCCGCAAUCACCCGUCAGCAAGAAAUAACACAUCAUACAAGUAUAGUUAUGAACGUUAACUUAACCAAAGAGUUAUUAAAGAAAAGAAAGAACUCAUUAUAAUUAAACAAGUCAAAUGUGCACAUAGGUUGGAGCUGACCUCCAACUUGUCUGUCACUCGCGUGCUGGAUCUUUGGUCUGCAUGAAAUAACUCACCACCUUCCGAAUGUCGCUGAAACUCCAUCUUGAACAAACCUACUCCCCAUGGUCAAUCCUCCUUGAAAGCCAUUCAUCUGCACAAAGCAACAGGGCCAACCUCCUUAGCCAUCUUCCUUCGCUUUUCCCAGAUUCCACCAAAAAAGACCUCAACAUACAGCAGUGUCCCUCGCAAAACCUCUCCGCCCAGUGUUCUCCAGAACCUUCUCUCAUUUCCACCAUCCUGACUGGAUGAUAAUCACAUUCCUAAAUUGAACAACUAAGUCUCUUAUCUCAGCUUAAACCCAACCAGGCUGAAAGCAGAACAGACUGCUGUUAUAGAACUGCUAAAAUGAAAUAACUACAGCACAGCAGUAAUAAUCUUAUAAUCUUUAAAAAUUCUAGAUUAUGUAUUGCAUUGAACUACUGCUGCUAAGUUAACAAGUUCCACAACACAUGCCGGUGAUAAUUAACCUGAUUCUGAUCAUUGAUACAAAGCUGUGGGUGGAUUCAAUGUAAAAAGCACAGCAUGUCCACUUUACCUCUCUCUAGAGCAUUAACAGUUCCUGCUUGAAGGCCUGGGACCAAUGGCCAGUGUCUGAUUUCGAAUGUACAUUUUCCAUGGCAAGUCAUAAUAGGAUGAAGGCUCUUACGGGAAAUAUCAAAUGAUCUGAAAAGCAGCCUUGCUUAACACCAAUGGCAGCAAACACAGAACAUGAAGCUAGGUUGAGCGAGUGAGCGCUUUCCACUUAGGAGCAAGGGAGGAUGAGAGGUGACUUGAUAGAGGUGUGUAAGAUGAUAAGAGGCAUAGACUGAGUGGACAGACAGGGUGGAAAUGGCUAAUAAGGAGGGGACAUAACUUUGCAGGAAGGUAUAGGUUUGAUGCCACAGGUCGAAUUUUCUUCUUACAGAGAGUGGUAAGUGCAUUGUAUUCGCUGCCAGGGGGUGGUGGUAGAAAGAGAUUUAUACAGGUAGAUGGAUGAAAGAAAAUUCGAGGGUUAGAUUGAUCUUGGAAAAGGUCAAAGGUUUGGUACAUCAUGGACUGAAGGGCCUGUACUGUGUUACAUUCUGUAUUUUAAGUACAGCACAGAAACAGGCCCUUUGGCCCAUGCCCAAACCAUUAAACUGCCUACUCCCAUUGACCUGCACCAGGACCAUAGCCCUCCAUAUCCAUACCCCUACCUAUCUCAACUUCUCUUAAACUUUGAAAUCAAGCUUGCAUGCACCACGUAUGCUGGUAGCCCAUUCUACACUCUUACCCUCCUGUUCCCCUUAAACUUUUCACCUUUCACCCUUAACCCAUGACCUCUGGUUGUAAUUCCAUCCAACUUCAGGGGAAAAAGCUGCUUGAAUUUACCCCAUCUAGACCAUUCAUAAUGUUGUAUGUCUCCAUCAAAUCGCCUCUCCAUCUUCUACAUUCCAAGGAACAAAGUUCUAAUCUAUUCAAUCUUUCCUUAUAACUCAGGUCCUCCAGACCCAGCAACAUCCCUGUAAAUUUUCUCUGUACUCUUUCAACCUUGUUUACAUCUUUCCUGUAGGUAGGUGAUCAAACUGCACACAAUACUCCAAAUUAGGCCUCACCAACGUCCUAUACAACUUCAACAUAACAUCCCAUUUCCUGUACUCAAUACUUUGAUUUAAGGCCAAUGUGCCAAAAGCUUUCUUUCUAACCCUAUCUACCUAUGAUGCCACUUUCAACAAAUUAUGGACCUGCAUUCCCAGAUCCCUUUGUCUACCACAUUCCUCAGUGCCCUACCAUUCCCUGUGCAAGACCUAUCCUGGUUGGUCCUAUCAAAGUGCAAAAUCUCACACUUAUCUGCAUUAAGUUCCACCUGCCAUUUUACAGCCCAUUUUUUCAGCUGAUGCAGAUCCCUCUAAAAGCCAUGUUAGCCUUCUUCACUGUCCACUACACCCCCAAUCUUGGUGUCAUCUGCAAAUUUGCUGAUCCAGUUAACCACAUUAUCAUCCCAAUCAUUGAUAUAGAUGACAAAUAACAAUGGACCCAGCACUGAUCCCUGCAGCACUCCACCAGUCACAGGCCUCCAGUCAGGGAGACAACCAUCUACUACCACUCUCUGGCUGCUCCCACAAAGCCCAUGUCCAAUCCAAUUUACUACCUCAUCUUGAAUACUGAGCAACUGAAUCUUCUCGACUAACCUCCCAUGCAGGACCUUGUCAAAUGCCUUGCUAAAGUCCAUGUAGACAACAUCUACUGCCUUGCCUUCAUCCACUUUCAUGGUAACUUCCUCUUAAAAACUCUGGUUAGACAUGACCUACCACGCACAAAGCCAUGCUGACUAUCCUUAAUCAGUCCAUAUCUAUCCAAAUACUCAUAUCCAGUCCCUCAGAAUAUCUUCCAAUAACUUUCCCACAACUGAUAAUUCCCUGGUUUAUGUUCAGAACCUUUUUUAAACAGCAGAACAACAUUGGCUAUUGUCCAGUCCUCUGGUACCUCUCCUGUAGCCAAGGAUGAUAUAAAUAUCUCUGCGAGGGCCCUAGCAAUUUCUGCACUUGCCUCAUAGGGUCUACGGGAACACCUCGUCAGGCCCUGGGGAUUUAUCCACCCUAAUCUGCCUCAAAACAGCAAACAUCUCCUUCUCCAUAAUGUGUAGAGGGUCCAUGAAGUCGAUGUCGCUUUGCCUCACUUCUAUAGACUCUGUGCAAUGAAUGGAGAUGCAGAUAGACACAGAGUCCAUGCAGUUCCCCCAGAAACUAAAUGAAGCACACUAGCUUCAGUCCAUUUGUGUAGAUCUGCCAUAGAAUUCUUUGCAAACAAGUGCAACAUUCCUAGUUCUAAUCAAUCACUAUGGAUUCAUUCACUGAAGAGGCAAGUAAUAAAUCCCACCUGCUUUGUUGAUAAAACAAAUUCUUUCUCUGUGAAUCCAGUUCACCAUGCAAUAUGAUACCAAGAGCAUAAAUACAAUUUUCAUUUUCUCAUACUAACCUAUACUGUUCCAAGUCCAACAAGCUUGAGGAACUAUGCUUCACCUUUCAAAUAGAUGUAUUACAACUUUCAGGACUCAACAGAAAGUAUAAUGAUUUCAGAUAAUGAUUCUGCUAUUACUGUUUACACCCAUCGGCAGGUUCUUUACAUCUCACUGCCUCCCACUUGGUGCUAUCUAUCUUCUUUGGUCAUUUAAUAUAUUCUCUCAUCAGUUUAUUCCAACUUAAAAGAUCAUUACUAAUGCCUCCACAAACUCUUCAGCUACCUCUUUCAGAACCUGGGGUGCAUUCUAUCUUUUAAUCUUUCUGCAACCACCUACUCAAACAGCACUGAACCACCAACAUUCACUGCCACCUUCUCUAGGGUAAUAAUGAAUAGACAGCAAGUACUGGCCUUGUCGAAUACUAUGAACAUGAAAUACAAUUACCUUGAAUACUUGAUCAGAAGGAGAAAUAUUCCCAACUGUUCUGCAGGAACAAACAUCAACUGUGCAUUCCUCUCCAUAGUUGAUGGCUGACCUGCUGAGCUCCUCCAGCAUUUUGUAAGUGUUACACAGUCCAGCUUUAUGUUUUCGCAUCCCAGAACUGAAACAAACUGCUGAUGGUCAGUAAUCAAAGGCCUAUAAAUACAAAUGGUACAUAAUGUCCCUUUAGAACAGAAAUGAGCCAGAAUUUUUUCAGCCAAAGGGAAUCUGUGUGAUUCAUUGCCACAGAUAGCUAUGGAGGACAUCACUGGAUAUGUUUAACACUAAGGUUCACAUGUUCUUGAUUAGUCAGAGCGUUAAAGGUUAUAGGUUGCCUCCCUGGUGCCAGGGUCAGGGAUGUCUCAGAUCGGGUCCAUGGCAUUCUCAAGGGCGAGGGUGAGCAGUCAGAAGCCUUGGUACAUAUUGGCGCCGAUGACAUAGGUAGACAAGGUGAGGUCCCGAAGAGAGAUUUUGAGGAGCUCAAUAGAAAGCUGAAAAGCACAAAUUCCAGGGUAGUAAUCUCUGGAUUGCUGUCUAUGCUACGUGCCAGUGAGGGUAAGAAUACAAUAAUUUGGCAGAUGAAUGCAUUGCUGAGGAUCUGGUGCAGGGGGCAGGGAUUCAGAUUUAUGGGUCAUUGGGAUAUCUUCUGGGGAAGGUAUGACCUGUAUAAUAGAGACAGGUUACACUAAAUCCAAAGGUGUCCAAUAUCCUUGCAGGUAGGUUGGCUAGAGUUGUUCGGGUGGGUUUAAACUAAUUUGGCAGGGGGAUGGGAAAUGGAGUGAUUGUGCUGAAGAUGAGGUUGUUCGUUUACAGAGGUAAUGUGUGGUGAGACUGCUAGAAAGGAGAGGCUGGUGAUGGGGCAAAAUUGCAGUCAACAGGAUGAGUUGUAAUGUAAAAUGCGGACAAAAUCGAAAAGGGUGAAUACAGGACUGAAGGUAUUUGAAUGUGUACAGUAUACAGAAUAAGACUGAUGAACUUGUAGCAGGUAGGCACGUAUGAUGUUGUAGACAUCACUGAAUCAUGUCCAAGGAUACACAUUGUAUUGAAAGGACAGGCAGAAAGGCAGAGUGGGUGACAUUGCUCUGUUGCUGAAGAAUGAAAUCAAAUCAUUAGAAAGAGGUGACACAGAGCUGGAAAGCGUUGAAUCACAGUGGAUGGAGCUAAGGAGCUGCAAGGGUUAAAAGACCCUGAUGGGAGUUGUAUACAGACCCCAAAGAGUAGUAAGGAAUUGGCCUACAAAUUACAACGGGAGAUAAAAAAUGCAUGUCAAAAGGGCAAUGUUACAAUAGUCAAAGGGGAUUUCAAUAUGCAGGUAGAUUGGGGAAAUCAGGUUGGUGCUGGAUUCCAAGAGGAGGAAUCUCCAGAUUGCCUACGAGAUGGCUUUUUACAACAGCUCCUGGUUGA